AUGAAAGAUUUGGGCAAACUUCACUAUUUUUUGAGCAUUGAAGUUACCUAUGCUGGUGACUCUAUGCAUCUCACACAAUCCAAGUACGCUAUUGAUCUUCUUCAACGUACUAAGUUUUUGGAUGCAAAGCCAAUUUCUAUACCAGUUUCCAGUGGGCAAAAAUUGAGUGCUUAUGUUGGUGAACCGCAUACUAAGCCUGAGACCUAUAGAAGCAUUGUGGGCGCUUUGUAG